AUGUCCAGAAUUAUAAUCUUAGUUGCGUUGCUUGGGCUGGUAGCAGCUGCUGCAGCUGAUUUUGCCGCAGAACCUCCCCAUUUCCGGCACAGGCCACGCCAUGAGCACAUGAUGCCGCCUGUGGGAGCCCCGAGGUCCUUCCCGGAGCACAAGCUGCUCCAUGAUAGUGAACAUGGCCCAGGCCCCAGGCCCGGACCUUUCGUGCACCCGCCCAGGAUGGCUGGAGCGCCGGACCACAUGGCUCACCACCACCAUGGUGCACACCCUCCCAUGAUGGAGCACGGUCACGGGCCCAAUGGGAAGGUCAUGCCACCAAGUCAUGCUCCCCAGAUGCAUCCGCAUCAUCACGAUCCUCUGGCUCCGGCCUAUUAG